ACUGUAAUGCUUACCUCCCCUUUCGAAGUGGAAUCGUCCACCGACACUUUGUUGACAUUUGAGAACUUCCUUUCGACUGUGUAUACAACAUGUGGACAUAAUAUACAGAUAUAUGUAUACCCAUCUGCUGACAUAAAAUACCGGGCUGGUGGAAUUUGUCUCGGCCAUGGGUCAGAAAUCAUCAAAACUGAGAGACUUGGAUGAUGAGCCAACACCAUCACCCCGAAAGUCUCCAAAGCGGGCAGAGAUGAAGUCCCCCCACCGGGAAGGCGCAGAAGUAGCCUUACCCCACAGGUCAGAAUCAGCUUCCUUUAUGGAGCAGGGAACCAGUAAAGGGGACUCGCCAAAUUUUCCAAAGAGCAAAUCUUUAACUCUGAUGUCUCCUAGCACAGAGGAAAUGUCAGACUAUGAGCAAAAGGAAAAUGUUCCACAAACACAGGCAGAAAAAUCUAUUCAUGAUAGUCCCAUUAGAGUGAAUGGUACUGGCACCCCUAAGGAGCCUCUGACACCAAAGACAGUGAAUGGAGAGAUUAUUCCACAGGCCACCUCCACACCAGCAGCAAACGGAAUUUCGUAUACAGAACAGCUAAAUAUUAACACAGACUCUGACCAGGAUCAGACCGAUCAGAGUGAUGAUGAAGCUUUAACACCAGUUAGUCAGGACUAUUAUGAAAAGAAAUCUAUAGAUUAUGGGAAGUUCUACAACACUAGCUACCUUGGUGAAGGGAAAAGCAAUUACCUGAAGAAGGCUCCAAUGAACCCUCGUCAAGACCAUAAAUCACCACACUUCCAUAGACCAGUGAACUUCUCUUACUCCAGGGAAAAACCAGAGUUCUUAAAGCCCAAAAAGAGUGGCAUGGCUGCUUUAGCAACUGGCACGCAAGUGGUGGUAAAACGAACGCGAAGAGCCUCGUCGUCAUCAGAGCUUCGUAAUGAGGAGGCGGUGAGAAUGAGUGUGUUCCCUGCUGCAAAGCCUCCCCAGCCAAAUGAGAUCACCAAGAUAGAACGAGAGGAUUGGCCCGGGCCUCCCUGUCCAGCUGCCAUUUUACCAGAAAUAUUGAGACAGCGGCGUAAAAGUCGCGGUGAAACAGAUGAUGAGGAUGAAGAAAUGCCCCCUGAGGACCCCAAAAUUACCAAAGAAAUAGAGGAACUCUCUAAAUUUAAAGACCAGUCUGGCAUAGGCAAGAUUAUUUAUAAAGAACUUGAAGAAAAGAGAGCCCAACCAGUAAAAGCUUUAGAUCCAUGGAAGGCUUCGAGGGUUCCCAGUGCAGACCAUGAACCUCGAUACAGCACACGAUACCAGUCCCCGAUGUUUGCCUCUCCCUCCAGGUUUCUGGAUCGGCCACGUCGAUACUGGGAUGAUAGUGAUAUCUCACGAGGAUAUAGGACAAUGGCAACCCAAUAUCCAGUACAAAGGUCAAGUUAUGCACUCACUCCAAGAGCAGCCACUCUGCCUGUUUCUGGCACAUUUGGAGGUCAUCUUAGCUAUAGAUACUACGACUUUGAAGAUUUAGGAGUCAGGAGUCAUCCAGCAGCCACCUCCUCCUCCACUGUUAACACAGAGCAAGAAUCCUUUACAACUUCCAGUAUACUAGGAGGACAGGGUAUAUCUAUUAUCUCUCUACAGCGGAGCACCUGGCACACAGAGGCUGAACCAGCGGUCUAUUCAUAUGAGAAACUAAAGAUCAGUAACUUUGACUUACCAAAGGAUGUGGACAGAAAUAUGCUGGAGAUACAUUUAUCACCAGAUGACUUUAAUCAGAUAUUCAAAAUGGAUAGAGAACACUUCAAGAGACUAGCAGAGUGGAAACGCAAUGACCUUAAAAGAAAAGCGGACUUGUUUUAAUUGCUUUGACCAGUGUCAUAUGCAAGUGAAUGUCAGAUGAUGCUAUGAAGUUUAUUUUCACAAGUGCAUUUAUAAUUUAUUUGCUUAUGAUGUGUUACCUCUGCCUUAUGAAGACGAAGUGGAGGAUCCAGACAUAUCAUAGACUGUAACAGUUGUGUUCUGUGCUGGUUUAGUUCUCCUGGAAUCGUUUUACAUUUUGCCGUUUUAGUUUCGUAGAUCUGAUCUGCUACUGACGACACAAUCACGUUAGAGGUGAUGGGAUCUUGUUUUGUAUGUUCCAAUGUUUAACUACUGUUGGUUGCAGUGGAGAGUCGUGCAACAGUAGUAGCCGUUUACAAGCACUUAAAAUCAGUACCAAUGGGAAUCAAGUGUACAUACAGUUUGUAAUGCUACCAAUUCUUUAAACUGGGUUAGUGAUUUCAUUAAGCGUUAGUGAUUUCUUCAUUAAGCGUUAGUGAUUUUUUCAUUAAGCAUUAGUGAUUUUUUUGUUUUGUUUCUUUGGUUAGUGAUAUAUUUUUAGAAACAUAAUUUAUGGGUGCUAUGCUUUAUAUUGCUCAUUUGGGUAGAAUUGUGGGCAUUUUUUGUCAGCUUUCUGAUUUUUUUGAAAUAUAUUUACCAAAUAGGAAAAAAUUUUGUACCUGUACCGUAUUUACAUGUGUGCUUCAUAUGUUUUAAUUAUAAGUUCGGAGCCCUAGAAAGUAGAUUACACAAGGAUUAUUUCCAGACAAUCGCUAGAUAUUGAUCCAAUUUACUGCCAUGGUGGCUGUUUCUUCUGUGUGUCUGUCACAAAAGAGCCAUCUUGUUUUUCGCGGAAGGGAACAGAGUACAGAUUUCGAGACAAGAUAGUUCCCACACAAGGACUUUAUGGCAUUUGAUAUUGUAACCUUUUUUUUAUUGAUAUUGUGUAUGAUAUUACUGUGAUUUAUUUUUACAAAUCCUUUCAAAAGUGUAUUGAAUGAAAAUGCCUAUUGUAUGUCUGAUUUUGUUUUUGCAUGGGCUUUAUGAUUUUCCUUAGAUAAGUCUGUACUUGCCUGAUUUGUUUUUCCUUUGUACAGGGUGUAUUCACUGUAGUUGAUUUUCAUUUUGACUCAUAAAAGCCAGAAUCAAAAGAAGUCCAGUUUGUUUAAGGCGGGUGAUUGUAUUUUUUAUUAUAGCCAAAUGGCUGUUAACUGGAUAGGAAGAAAGUUCCUGGGGCAAUAUUUGAUGUUUUUUAAACUAUGUUUGCUUUAUAUACUAGCAGUAUAUCAGAUUUUUUUUCUUUAAGCUAUGAAAUUCCAUUAUUUAAUGCUUUUACAUGGAAAAGUGCAGUAUUACAUGAUUCAUUGCAAGUUAUGAAUCCAUGAUCAAUGUCAAUUAAUAAAAAGUCACCAACAUUUA